CUUUCUUUAACAGGAAGAAAAAAAAGAUUCAUUCUUUUUUUUUUCCGUCUCUGUUUCAUCGGAUCUCGUUUAAAAUCUCCGCAUCUUCGGUGUUUUCGCCUUUGGUGCCAUUUGAUCGAAACAUGACGAUCCCUAACUCCACAGAUUUCAUGGUUGAAAACGCCGUCUGUGAUUUCCCCUCUACUCCCGAGGAAGAGAGACGCAUCGUCUCGGAGCUCACCACCGAGUCGGAGGAUAAUCUCAAGGAAGGAAACUUGUACUUCGUCAUCUCCAAAAGGUGGUACACAAGCUGGCAGAAGUAUGUUGAGCUACCAACCUCAAGCGAAUGUUCAAGUGUUGGUGAGCUUUCUGAAUCUGCCAGGCCUGGCCCAAUUGAAAACAGUGAUAUUAUCGAGGAUGCGAAGGACACUAGUGAUGAUCCACAACUUCGUAGAUUGCUGGUGGAAGGGGAAGACUACGUUCUUGUUCCUCAACAAGUUUGGAAAAGACUUGCUGAAUGGUAUAGCGGAGGUCCGCCAAUACCAAGGAAGUUGAUCUGUCAAGGGUUUUACAGUAGGAGUUAUAGUGUAGAGGUUUACCCACUCUGCUUAAUGUUGACAGAUGGAAGAGAUAAAAGUAUCACUGUAAUACGGUUGGGAAAACAGGCCACUAUAAGGGACCUUUAUGAGAAGGUUUGUGCUAUGACUGAGGUAUUGCAAGAAAAGGCUCGCAUCUGGGAUUACUUCGGUAAGAGGAAAGGCCAACUAUUGGAUCCUUCGUCUAACAAGAGUCUGGAAGAGUCAAGCCUUCACAUGGACCAAGAUAUUCUUCUUGAAGUUGAUGGGUCCUCGUCAUCUCAAUUUGCUAUGAGCUCGGCAGGGAAUGAGCUAGCUCUGGUACCCCUGGAACCUUCAAGAUCGCUUGUUACAAUUGCUGGUGGUCCAACCCUAUCUAAUGGUCAUUCCACCACGUCUAAGUUUACUCUCUUUCCGAAAAUCUCUUCUGAAGAUGAUGGCUCCGAUUCUUUGAGUAUUCUUGGAAAAGGAGAGAGGGGAGGAUUAGCAGGAUUGAGUAAUUUGGGAAACACCUGUUUUAUGAACAGCGCUCUUCAGUGUUUGGCACACACACCUCCGAUAGUUGAAUACUUCUUGCAAGAUUACAAUGAAGACAUAAAUAGAGACAACCCUUUGGGAAUGUGUGGUGAGCUUGCUAUCGCGUUUGGUGAACUGUUGAAGAAAUUAUGGUCAUCUGGAAGGAAUGCAGUUGCACCGCGGUCUUUUAAGACAAAACUGGCUAGAUUUGCUCCACAGUUUAGUGGCUACAAUCAACAUGAUUCUCAAGAACUGCUUGCUUUCUUAUUAGAUGGGCUACAUGAAGAUUUGAAUAAGGUGAAACGAAAACCAUACAUUGAACUCAAAGAUUCUGACAGUCGUCCGGAUGAUGAGGUUGCUGAAGAGCUUUGGAACUAUCAUAAGGCUCGGAAUGAUUCUGUAAUAGUUAACGUCUGCCAAGGACAAUACAAGUCAACUUUGAUUUGUCCAGUUUGUGGGAAAAUAUCAAUCACUUUUGACCCCUUCAUGUACUUGUCUUUACCUUUGCCAUCAACGCUUACGCGGCAAAUAACAGUUACGGUGUUUUAUUGCGAUGGAAGUCAUCUUCCGAUGCCAUACACUGUAACAGUACCUAAAUAUGGAUCAUGCAGAGAUCUUAUUACUGCGUUAGGUACUGCUUGUUGCUUAACCAAUGACGAGAGCCUUUUACUUGCAGAGGUAUAUGACCACAAGGUCUUUAGAUACUUUGAGAAUCCCCUGGAGUCGGUGAGUUUGAUAAAAGAUGAUGAGCAUAUUGUGGCUUAUCGGAUGAAGCAGAUGCAGAAAGGAUCUGGAAUAGCAAAACUUGAAAUCCUUCAUGGAGGGCAGGAAAGGGCUGUUCUGGAGAGUGUUAAACGCAGAGACGUGAAGCUUUUCGGGACUCCUUUUGUCACUUAUGUCAGCACAGAACCACUGAGUGGAUCUGACGUUGAUGCAGUGAUCUCUGGAUUUCUGUCCCCGCUACACAGGGUUCAAGCUUCAUCUAAGAUUCACAACGGAAGAGAAAAUGGCCACCUUCCUAAUGCUGCUACUGACGAAGCAUCUGGAAGUAUAUCAUCCCCAGAUACUGAGAUAGAUGAUGCAUGUGAUAGAGAGUUAUCCUUCAGGAUCUUUUUGACAGAUGAGCGUGGUUUGGACUUCAAACCACUUAAGUCUGAUUCGUUUCUGAAACCUGGUAUCGUUACAAGGGUUUUAGUAGAAUGGAAUGAGGGUGAGCAUGAAAACUACGAUUCCAGCUACUUAAGUGACCUUCCAGAAGUUCAUAAAACAAGUUUCUCUGCAAAAAAGACACGGCAAGAAGCGAUAUCUCUGUUUUCGUGCUUGGAAGCCUUCUUAGCAGAGGAGCCUUUGGGACCAGAUGACAUGUGGUUUUGUCCGGGAUGCAAAGAACACAGACAAGCGAACAAAAAGCUUGACCUGUGGAAGCUACCAGAUAUUCUCGUGUUCCAUUUAAAAAGGUUCACGUAUAGCAGAUAUCUCAAGAACAAGAUAGAGACGUUUGUGGACUUCCCAAUAAACGAUCUAGACUUGAGCAAGUACGUGAAAAACAAGAAUGGCCAGUCCUACUUAUAUGAGCUGUAUGCAGUGAGUAACCAUUACGGUGGACUUGGUGGUGGCCACUACACUGCCUACGCUAAGUUGAUUGAUGACAACAAAUGGCAUCAUUUUGACGACAGCCACGUUUCAUCUGUAAAUGAAUCUGAGAUCAAAAACUCAGCGGCAUAUGUUCUAUUCUACCGAAGAGUUGGAAGUAAAACAGAGACACAAUCAGCUGAGGUGUUGAUGGGUGAUAUGGAUUAGUCAAGCCUUAACUUACAUAAUGGGCUGCUGCAUUGGUUGAAAGAUGCAUUGGUCAAGUUCACGCUAUCCUUUUUUUUUUAAAUUCAAACUGGUGGGUUCGGUUGAAGAGUUCUGCUUCAGAUUUUAUGAUGUUAUUAUGGCAGAUCUCUGUGGAACGGAGUGUGGGAUUUAGGUUCGGAGAGAUUGUUUAAUUAGAGAACUCUCGAAGCUGAGGGGGUAAUUUUUUGAAAAGGGGACCAAUCAAUGAACAGAUUUAGAGAUAAGAGUUUGUGGAGUAGCCUUUGUCAAAUAUGUAGCACUCCACUAAGAUCUGUAUCUCUUCGGGACUUGGGGAGACGCAUAAAGAAUCUGUUUAAUACUACAAAGUUUACAUUGGAAAAUAUUACUUUGUAGCUUGUGAAGAUCAUAUUGAUGAUACUCUUAUGAGGAAUUUUUCUUUAUUUGAAAUUAUCAAUUAGGAAUGUGAAAAUUAA